AAACAAGAAGAAGUAGAAGAAGAAGAAGUAAACGGUUGUGCUGUUUAGUAGCUUAGCCCGAAUGUGCCUCCAAAUGUGCUAGAAAUGUGAGGUUCACCGAGUUUGGUCCACGCUCUCUGCUUUGAAUGUCACUGCCCGCGCACCAUGGCGGACUGUCGGUGGCUUUCGGACGCUGACAUCUCCGCUGAAGAGGACGGGUGCUGCUCUUUCUGCUGCUCUUGUUAUUGUAGCGAGCGCUAGCGUUAGCGCGAUUAGCCAGCGCUGCUGUUUUCACUCCAGCAAAACAGAUGUUGAUUCAUUGCUGCGGCCACCAAACCGCAAAAACCGCUCGCAGGGAUAAACAGAUGACCUGAGCAAUGUCUAAGUUACAUUUCUCGAGAAAGUAGGCAACGGGACCAAGGCAGUUUUAAGGCAAGGUUGUAGUGCACGAUAUGCUAACGUUAUUCGAAAAGUAAAAUUGAGAAGAUGGUAAAAGUGGUACUCGCUAAGGUUAGGUAACACACCUAACGUUGCCUGCAGACGUGCUUCAUCGUUGAGCCGGCUGGUUAGAGCUGUCUACAUGGUCUGAGAUGGAGCAGCAACUAAACAGUGACACGGCUCUCGAGUUCCUCGGCGCAUCUGUCUGAGUUGUACCCGCGGAGGGGAAAUCAUGUCUUGCAAAGCCGCAUCCAAGGACAAGAAGUCGAGCUUCAGCAAGAAGCUGUUCAGGCGAGGCUCUGUGCGCUCUGUGGGUAGUUUUAUGAGCAAAUUCUUGCGGACACUGACCGCCUUGUCACACUUUGGGUCUGAAGUACAAACCGAGGACGACAAAGAUGAUGGAGGAUUUUCCACUUUCAAGUCUGGAAGCAAAGAUGUGCCCAUGGAGGACGGGGACCUGGGGGCCUUCCUGUCCGGGGACAGGAUCCCUGGGGUGUCGGGUCUGAAAAACCACGGCAACACCUGCUUCAUGAAUGCAAUUCUGCAGUGCCUCAGUAACACCGAACUCUUUGCCGAGUACCUGGUGCUGGAGCAGUACAAGGGCGAGGAGCUGGAAGAGGACAAACCCAAGACGAAUGGCGUGCAUCUGCAGAAGAAGGGUCCUCUGGAAAAGGGAGAGGUCACGGAGCAGCUGUCGGGACUUGUGCGGGCUUUAUGGACGUUUGAGUAUACCCCCCAGCAUAGUCGGGACUUUAAGAACGCUGUGUCCAAAAACGCCAUACAGUUCAAAGGGAACGCUCAGCACGAUGCUCAAGAGUUUCUGCUGUGGCUGCUGGACAGAGUGCACGAGGACCUCAACACAGUGAACCCCAACAGCAGGCCUGCUCUGAAGCCGCCUAUUGAAGAAGACGACCAGAGCAUAGAGGGGCCGUCUCCGCCCCUCUCAGCUGGGUCCUUUGUGCAAGAACUAUUUCAGGCUCAGUACAGGUCUUCCCUUACCUGCCCACAUUGCCAAAAGCAGAGCAACACGUUUGAUCCCUUUCUCUGUAUUUCCCUACCAAUCCCUCUGCCACACACACGGCCCCUGUAUGUGACAGUGGUGUAUCAGGGGAAGUACUCUCACUGUAUGAGGAUUGGAGUUGCUGUUCCGCUCAACAGCACCGUCUAUCGCCUCAGAGAUGCUGUGUCACGUGAGACCAAGAUCCCAAUGGACCAGUUUGUGUUGACGGAAAUGUACUAUGAUGGCUUUCACCGGUCGUUUUGUGACGACGAUGAUGAUCUUGACAUCAUUCAAGAGAGCGAUUCCAUCUUUGCCUUUGAGACACCAGAGACCUUCAAACUGGAAAACAUACGCACAAAAAGAGGAAGUCUUCUGGCAAACCUGAAUCAUAACAACUUGAAGUACGGAACAGAAAUCGGCAGGACUCCAUCUUUCAUGCAGGGGGCCAUGACGCCCGUAACAGCAUCACCCAAUAAAAACCUGGGGCCGGAAAAAAUCAUCCUUUUGGUGUGUAACAGAGCCUGUACUGGCCACCAAGGAAAGAGGUUUGGCCUUCCUUUUGUACUGUACAUGGAGCGCACUGUGACCUGGGACGCUCUACAAAAAGAGAUCCUGGAGAAAAUGCGUCACCUUUUGAGACCUGGGGUCUACAUUCAGGUCGGACCUUUCAGUCUUCGUGUGGUCGGCGUUGUUGGCAUCACCUACCUCCUUCCCCAAGAUGAGCGACCACUGUGUCAUCCAACCGUUGAAAGAGCGUACAAGUCCUGUGGACAAGGGGGACCGCCACAUGUGAAGAUUGUGGUGGAGUGGGACAAAGAGACCAAGGACUAUCUGUUUGGACACACCGAGGAGGAGUACAUUCCAGAUGCUGAGAGCGUCUAUCUGCACAGAGAACAACAUCAUCAGCCGCAGGCCUGCACCCUUGCCCAGUGCUUUCAACUCUACACUAAGGAAGAGCAGCUGGCCCCGGACGACGCUUGGCGCUGCCCCCACUGCAAGCAGCUGCAGCAGGGCCGCAUUAAGCUCAGCCUGUGGACGCUGCCGGAUGUACUCAUACUGCAUCUCAAGAGGUUCAGACAGGAGGGCGACCGGAGGGUCAAGAUGCAGAACAUGGUGAGGUUCCCGCUGAUGGGGAUGGACAUGGCUCCUCACGUGGUCAAGAGAAGCCAAAGCAGUUGGAGUUUACCUUCCCACUGGUCGCCAUGGAGACGGUCCUACGGCCUGGGAAGAAAUCCCGAUGACUACCUGUACGACCUGUAUGCUGUCUGCAACCACCAUGGGAGCAUGCACGGAGGACACUACACCGCCUACUGCAAAAACUCCAUUGAUGGUCAGUGGUACUGCUUCGAUGACAGUGAGGUUUCACAUGUCGCUGAUGAUGAUGUGUGUCAGCAGACCGCCUACAUACUCUUCUAUCAGAGGAGGACGGCUAUUCCCUCCUGGUCGGCUAACAGCUCUGUUGCUGGAUCCACUAGUUCAUCCUUGUGUGACCACUGGGUCAACAGGCUGCCUGGCAGCAGGCCUGCUAGCUUGGCCUCUGGAGCCUCGUCAAGGCGCACCUCUCUGGCUUCACUGGCUGAGUCAGUCGAGUUUCCAGUAGAACGUAGUGAAGAUGACGGAGGAUUCUCCGUCCGCCCUUUUGUGAGAAGCAUUCAGCGUCAGAGCUUGUCCUCCAGAUCGUCCAUAGCUAGCCCCCUGGCCUUCAGUGACAGUGGGAUAAAGCCUUCCUGGUCUCUCUCUGCCAAGCUGCACAUGAGAUCCAACUCCCCCUCACGGUUCUCCCUGGACUCUCGAUGUUCCCCUCCUCUAGAGAGGAUAGGAGAGGCAUGCGAUGACAAGGUUUCCACGUCCUGUUUUGGCAGCUACAGUAGACACGAACGAUACUUCGGCAGCAGGACUCCCUCGUCUGCGAUGGAGAGCAGCUUCAGUGACCAGGACAACAACAAAAGGUUCUUAGACAUGAUGUACUGCAGGGCUCCCACCCCAGUGGAGAAGAAGAGCGCCAAAAACGAGCCAACUGAAAACAACAACCAGAUUACAGCUGUAGACCAAAACGUACUCCCCACCCAAGCUACUCCUUCCAAAGAACAGAAGCGUAAAAGUAGUAUUGGAGGAUUCGGCCUGAAGACGGAAAGCACAGGUUCCACGAAGAAUUCCAGCAAAGCGGAGCAAGAGAAAACCUCCAAAAAACGAUUGUGCGCAACCCACAAGUCCGAGACGUCUUCCAGUACACCCGUGAAAGGCAAAAAGCCGAGCAAUACUAAAGAGAAGAGUGUAAAUGCUAAGAAGAGCACCUCAACGCCCAGUGGGACUCCCUCCAAAACAAAGGAGUCCACUCAACCUCUAGAGGCGACGCCACAACAUAAGCCAUGUGUCCGCUCCACUCCUCAGUCCUCGGCUUCUCCCUCGCCGACCUCGAAGAAGAAUUCCAGCGUCACUGAGAAAAGCACGGUAAGCAGCCGGAAGCGCCUGGUGGAAAGGAGCUACAGCCGAGAUUCUAUGCACACAAGCCCUCUGGUCGACAACCUGCGAGGCAGCUCAGCGGCUCGCUCUUCGCUUUCCAAGGGUGGAGAAAGCAACCGGCCCGAGAGGAGAUCCGUGAGGAGCUCCAGCAGCAGCUCUUCCGUCACUAGUCUGCGCUCACCCAGCGUGUCCACCAGGGACCUGCAGCGGAGCAGCAAAUCCGAGGAGAAGGGGUUGUCGUUCUUCAAGAGCGCCCUCCGACAAAGGGAAAGCCGCCGGUCGGCUGAUCUAGGAAAAAGCACCAUGCUUACCAAAAAGGCCUCCGAGAGGACAUGCAAGCAGAACGGACAAGCCAAGGAGCCGGCUGGGGAUAAUGGAAAGACGGGAGAGGCGGGUUCUUCGCAGACAUCUGUAGAAAGCAAUGGAGGCGAAACAAAGUCAGAGACAAAGGAGUCUUCCAAGCCCCCCAGCUCUCUCAGUCGCACUCUAUUAGGAAAGUCCAAGUCUUCCACUUCUGAAGUAAGUUGCAAGUCUCCUUCGAACGGGAAGAAGCCCCUCGAAAGAAUGACAUCUUCCCGAAAGCUGUCAUCUAGCAUGCAAUCUCCUGCACGAACAACACAGAGGCCUCAAUAAUACAUCGAUAGUAGUUAUAUUAAACAGACGUAAUGCAGCUAAUUUCUUUGUGCCUGAGUUUCAGUGAGCACCAGAUGUAUUCGAGACCGUUUUUUUGAUGUUAUGGUUUUGUUCACUGGCGUUAGAUGCUUAUAUUGGUAGCGACAUCAUCUAUACCUAUAGUGGCACAAAAUACUUGUGUAGUAUACUGUCAAUUUUGGUACAGUUACAGUAGAGAAUUUUCUUACCUAUUAAACCUUUAGGUAGGGUUUAGGUGUAAUUUUAAAGUAAAGAAAUGUGGUGGAGGAUUGUUCAACUACAGCUCAACUUCCAAUUUCCUCCUGGAAUCCAACUUGAUUUAAAAUGCAGCAAGUUGUACAUUAAAGAUUAAGGGUCUAAGAAACAUUCACCCAGUAUACACCAACAAUGCCUUGUCUUCUAGAGAAGCCUUUUAACUGAUCUGGUUAACAUGAAAACAAGCUGCCUGGUUAAACGAAAUCCCUCCGUUAUUCUACAGGCGUUUAAAACCGCAAAGCAAACGAAACCAUAACAUCAAAAACAGCCUCUUCCUAACGCUGAAACGACGCAGAUGAUUUCACACACACGCAAAGGAGUUUCAUUCCGAGAUAUUUCUGUAUUCAUUUUCAUUAUUUUAAGCCUAGCAGUUUAACCUUCGUUUUUCAAACACUUUCCUGUUCACUUUCUGUGCUGGUUCAAUAAGGGUCUUAUGAGGAUUCGGGGUAAAAGAUACGAGCGCGUAUAGUAAAUCAACAAGCAACUUCACGUUUUACGUCUUGAGCUGAUAUGUAGCAGCAGGAACAAACUAGUCUUUAUGGUAAAUAUUAAAAGAGUAGUUGGGAAAUGCAUAAAAGGUGGCAGGGGCUGGACCAAAACAGAAAAGAACGAGAAACGAUUCUAGUCGGCCUACAAAAUUGAGAAAGAUUUCCAAUAUUUUAAAAGUUUAUUUUUUUUAAUACUAGUACUUUUUGAAAGAAAUGUAUUUUAUUAACUGUUUAUUGAAUUUAAGUACAUUUUCCUUAAAAUGGUGGCGUUUUUUGGAAUGAAACCCUUUAAAAUCAAAGUAUAUAAAUAUAUGUAGAUGUGUCUGUACAGAUAUUGACAGAAAGUAUACGGUAUAUAACCCAUUUUUUUUUUCUCCUCUCCAUAAGCAAGAUGAAAAUAAUCUUAAGCGCCUUCUAAUGCUGUACAUGGAAACAAGUAAUUGCCUUUGGCAAAAUAGUAGUCGUCUACUGUAUGCAUCACUGAGUAGGAAUGUCGGUUCGCUCGCACUUUGUAUAGAUAAAGUACUAAGAUAACGAUCGUGUAAUUCUUGUAAUAAUUUCAAGACAUAUCGAAAAGUAGAUUCAACAGGCCUUAGACUUGAAAUGGUAAAAGGGUACAUUCAUCUCAAUGUUUCAGGGGUCAUUUUCCAGUAAGAAGUCACUCCUUUAUUACUCCUGGUGCUUUAACAGGCCACUGCUCCACUGGCACUGAUGUUUCUUAAACGAACAUACCUAAAUAACCACGUUCAGAACUGUGACCACGCACUUCACUGAACUAGAACCCUGUUGGCAGUGUUUAUCAAAACCUGUGGUACCUCAUUGGAGAACACUAUACUUUGCCAUUUUUUUUUUCUCCUUCAUCAGAGCAAAUCAGAAUAUUCACAAUGAGCCAUUCGUUUGAUCUCAGAACCACAUUUAUACCGUCGUGCAGCAGUUGCUGUCCGGUCACGGAUCAUGUAUGUUGAGCUGUCAGAAUCUGCAUGGUACAUUCAUUUUGCAGUACAAACAAUAGAAGCGUUGGCCAAAUAAUAUCCCUGCACUUAUCACGAGGCUCGUCUCGAACGACCGCACGUAUCAUCGAAUGACUUUCCCACCCGCGAUGGCAAUACUCAUAGAUUAGAUACCAGCAUAGUAUACGUUUUCAAUGAAUGAAUGUGGUUAAAAUCAAAUUGUAGAGUAGUUUUUACUUCCGACGUUGGCAUGAUCCUCGAGUUUUUUCGAUCUACAGUGUUUCUUUUCUUAUUUUUCUGUCGUAUUUAUCAGGUUUACAGUGGUUCUCAGAUGGUUUCAGAGGAAACGCCACUCGAUUUUAAACAACUGUGUGUUAUUUAAAGGCCUGGGCGAGACUGGAGCGCCUCGGAGCUCAGUGUGUUUACAGCAAAACGGCUCUGAUUGGUUGCAGGACUAUCAAAGUGCACGCAGAGGGAUUUUUCUUCUCUGCAUCGGUUCAAACACAUCCCAUAGUUGAAUCCAAAUGGUGCGUCACCGGGCUACAGCGGGCUAUUACUGUGACACAACUUCCAACUCCACAUGGCAUCGUUCUGUCUGCAGCGGCAGGAAAAAGUUUAGACAAACAGCAUCCUCGUGAUAAUAAUUGUCUUUAUUGAACAAAACCGUUAAAUAUUUACAGUUUUGGUGGAUAAAGUAUGCAAACCCUUAUUCAGUAACCUCUGAAAAUGGAACGACACAUUUUUAUGGAGUCUUCUAUGGCUUCCCAAUCUGCUGCAAACCUUUCCUUUUAUGUACGGAGAUACUGUCGCAGGCCAUAGAAAUAACACACGGCCGUUUAAAAUGUGGUGGCGCUCCUGUAGCUGCUCUUUUCUACUUAACAUUGUGACCUAUCAGGAAUACGUGCAUGGCACUUUGGAUCAAAGCAGGACAGUUUUAUGUAAAUUUGGCUUCUUUUCCUUUUUUUUUUUUUUUUCUUCUUUCUUUUUUUACGCCUGUUUUGAAGCCUGUAAUUAAGACGUAGCGGGGUGUUUCUGGAGCUGGAUCGUACCAUCACACGUCUGUGUCAUCUAAACGACAAACAGCUGAUUGGGUCAUCCAUCCGUUCCCGUAGCCAGGCGUUAGGAUGCCUUGUCACUUUACGUUUCAUAUCGGAAACAUGGGUCAGUUAGAAAUGUGAGUCAAACUAUAUAUACAUCGUUUGUAAUAUAUGAACACGAAUCAUAAUUUGAGGGUACCUUAUCUCCAACGGAACAUUUUCAUUUUAAAACUGUAAAACACUAUUUUGUUUCUUUAACCACCACAUUGCAGAAACUAUUAUUAGGUUUCUACAACACAUAGUUAGAUGAGACGUUGUAGUUUAGCAGAUUAAGAUGGAGCCUAAAACUAUAACUGAAGAGUACUACAGAGUCAAACCUACUGUAGUACUUUUUCACUCUUUUCAUUUUCUUAUUAGCGUAUUAGCUUUUUACAUGGCUCAGACACACGUAAUGAAACAACGCGUGGCGUUCAGUUUAAGAGAAAUCUUCCGUUUUCCCUCCGGCUUUCUCCACUGCAGUUAUCGUCUGUAUUUCGUUGUGAACCUGUUGUUAAUGUACAAAUCCGAGAAUGACUAAGGAAUGCAGUAUUGCAUGUAAACGCUAAUGCAUGUCUUUUAUUAUCUAUGCAAGAAUCUGCAGCUGUGUCGAGUAGAAAACCAAGCAUGGCUGGUAUAUUCCAUCUCUUCCUUUGCACACCAUCCCCACAUUUAGAGACUAAAACACGGAACAUUUCAUCCGCACUUAAAAGAAUUAAAAACAAAAAAAAUACAUAUAUAUAUCUCGCCUAUAUAAAGUCUAUUUAAUGACAUCAUGGCUUUUAGCAUUCUACCAUUUAAAGUUUUCUCUCACUUGGUUUUCUUGAAUUUUUUUCCAUCUGUGCUCUCUGGGUGCUCCCGCCACAAAAACCGGUGGGUUAUUGUCCUUGUUGUUUGAUAUUUCCUGUUGUACACCAGCAGAGGCAACACUAUGGAUGCGAUAAUCUCUAUGUGGUUACUAAGUAGACUCAUCGUGUGUGUAUGUGUUGUGGUAAAAAGCCUUCCAUUAGUUCAGUUAAGUCCUAACAGGUUGGGAAACCCUGUUGCCAUGUUCUCGACCGCAUCCGAGAUGUGAUCAGUCAAUAUAGAAACUCAAAUAUGUAUAUGUAGCUAAACGCAAUAAAGAAAUAUUUAUAGUUUUAUAAUAGAGUGUGUAUUGACGUUCAAAUUUUCAGUUUUGUAACGUUUACGCCACGUCAAUCAUUAUGUGAUUUUUUUUUCUUUUCCAAACUGGCAGUUUAACAACAACCAAUAACUUCUGGUGUUUUAAAGCUCUUGACUGGUGAAGUGGGUGUAAAACAUUAAUGGCUGUAGUUGUUAAAAUGCAUAAAAGUCACCCCUGCAUUUAAGCUUAGAGAAUCCCGCCUUGAGUUAUUGUCGCAGCGCCUCUUGUUUGCCGUUGUCCACCGAGUCACAGAAAAGGUUUUCCGAGGUAACAAUGAAAAUGAAUACUACACCCAACAGGCUGGAGUACAUUUUACCACCGAAUUAAAGUCGCAGUUAAAGUGAAUUACUAAAACCCCGCGCUCGAGCCACAGAUUUAACGUUCUGCAGAUACUAUAGUGCUUCAGUAAUAGAGCUGCGCGGACUUAAGUGGUGUCCUUAAUAUGUCUUUAAGAUGCCUUCGAGGGCUUUUUUUCAAAUGUAAACACUACAAAUACUGAAACUUCCCAGAAGCCUUAAGCGGAACAAAUUGUAACGGUUAGUUUGUUUCUUCACAUGAUACAGAAACUAAGAAGCAGUAUAUAAUGAAUGAAUGUCUUGAGUCUCAUUUUUAUUUUUUAAGCUAUCAGAAAAGAAAACACUACAGUGCUUAAUACGCAUUUCUCAUUUCUUUUACAUUUUGUAUGAACAUUUUUGUAAAAUACGGUAUGUUGCAUUUAUUGAGAUUUCUUUCUACUGUGCUCUCAUUGUGCCGAGUUUGAUGAGGUGUCAUUUUAUUUUGUCACUAAAGCCUCUGUUCCAGUGUACGCCUGCUCACUUUUGUUUUUAUUGGUUUUUGUACGACUGUAUCGACAUUCAGUAGUUUCUCGUUCAUUAGUCUGUCAGAAUCUUUCAUGUUAAUUUAUUUGUUUCUUUUUUUAUCAUCAUGUAUGCACUUUUAUUAUUUUUAUUUUUUUCUUCUUCUAAAGGACAAAUGUGUAUAUACUUUGUUGGUUUACCCAUGCAAGUACAAAAAGAAAAAUCUGAUUAAAAACAUAGAAACUGUU